CUUUUCAAAUAAUUAUUUGACUGUUCCUUGCUUCUUUCUGGGUUUUCUUUGGUUGAAUCGGAAAUGUGGAACCAUUGAUAGAAAGUUGAGUGCUGGAUCUCAUUGAGAAUCUUUGCUUCUUCUACAUGAGCCAAUGCAAAGUGAAGAUUUAUAUGUUUUAGUUUACAUUUUCCCAUGUUCUAGUUUACAUUUUCCCUCAAAUAAGGAAAAUGAUUCUUUAGUUCUGGAGGUUAUGUUCCAGAUAGUAUCGAUUUCUGCACUGUCAAACUAACAGUGUAUUGCGCAUAACUGUGUUUUGAUGUUUCCUGUGAACCCAGGGUUGGCCCGGUGGUUAAGGAGAUUUGCUCCGUUUCCAGGUUUCCUAGGUUUAAUUCUUUUCUUGGGCCAGCAUAUAGGGAAAUUUAUUAAAUUCCUCUGAAUGCACGAAGCUGAUGUGGAGAAUGCAUCCUUAAGAUCGCUUGAGAAGGGAGUUAGUCUCGGUUGACAAGCAAGUUGGUCUGAGAAUACCUUUUAUUGUCGAACCAAAAACUGUGUUUUCUUUUGUUUUUCGAGGCAAAGUAAACUGUCUCGUAGCAUUUCAUUAUGAGAUGUCCAUUUGAAGUUGCAGCUUUGUUUGCCCCCCAUCCCAAAACAAAAUUAUGCUUUUGUAGGAGAUGCGGAUGGAAAAUUCUUCUAUGACGGUUUUUGUGGUGGGUUACAGAUAAAAUUUAGGGAUUUAGAUUUUCUAUUUUAAGACAGUAGGUUUAGGUUUUGUAGAUUGAAUGGAUUUGUGUUUGUUGUGGUUUAAGGAGAAAUGAUGGCUGUUUGGCUCCAGGCAUCAUAGUUUCUGGUUGCUGGAAUUUCUGAGCAGCAAGAAAAAUAAUCCAACUGUAUGAUAUAGUGAUUAUAGGGUGCUAGCAUCGAGAGGGUUUUGUGGGAGGUUUUAAGGCUUGUAGGAUUAGGAUCUAUGUUGGAAAAAAUAGGAAAUGAGCUGCUGAAUGUCCAACUAUGCCAUAUAGUGAAUUAGCAGUUGCAACAGGUGGAAAUGUCCGAGAAACCCCAGAGGAAGAGUUUUUCAUUACCACCUCUGUUCUAGAUCUAACUAUAGUGGGUUUGGAUUCUGUGGAUGGAGAAUCAAAUGCCCAAGGGCAGCAGCCACACUACUUGAAGACCUGUUCAAAACCAAAUCUGGAUUUGGGAAGUGCUGUUUACUUUUUAGGCCAUACAGAUAAUGAAGAACUGACAGUUGGUGAAGGAAAGGUGGUCAUUGCCACGGACAAUCUCAUAAAACUGUCAACUGAUGGAGUAUCAUGGAGCCCUGGAUCUGCUGGAUUUGAUGCACAAGGUAAUCUUGCAUUCAUGAUCUGUGAUCCCAUGAAACUUGCGACAUCUCCAAAUACUAAAUCUUCUUCAACUUCAUCAUCAUCCUCAUCAUCAUGGAAGAAGGAUUCUCCCAUGCAAUUCGGUAUUCCUGUACCCAUUAUUUGUGAUUGGUUGAACCAGCACUGGGAAGGGAACCUUGAUGAACUUACCAAACCCAAAUUGCCGAUAAUUAGAUUGAUGUCCACGGGACAGAAAAGUGAGCAUUCUUGUGCUUCCUUCACACUCCGGCAGGUUUUUAAGUCGACAGAAGCUGAUAACGAUGGCACCCCAUCAUCGAAUACAGUCUCAAAAGGUAAAGAUCAACCAAAUCCAGGUUGUUCUGGCACAGAAAAUACUGUCAAGGAAGGAAUCCAAACUACUGAUUCACAUGGUGCCCAUGUUCAAGGAAUUCCAACCCCAGAAAUAUAUGAAUCACCUAAGCUGACUGCUGGCCCUCUUAGGAAAAAGGAAAGCGCCCAAAUACAGCUUUUGGAUAUUAAUUUCCCUCCUAGGGUGACCAAAACUACAGUUCAACCACAUCCAGACAUACAGCUGCUGCCAAACUCCGAUGAGAAUUCUGUCAAGGAAAUGCCUUCACAGACUCCACUGAGUGAAGAUCAAAUCAAGUACAAGGGACAUGCUAUUCCUGAAGGGGAUGCUGACAUUGCCUCAACAGGUUCUGUGAAUGGAGCCCAAAGUGAGGUCCAUUCUAGUUCUUCUCCAGUGGAGGUUUCAGAGAUGUAUAAUGGAUACAGCAGUGAGGGAGAAACAACUAUGUACUCUGCAGAAACUGCCGAGAGUCGAAACUAUACAAGCCCAAGAGAGGGGAAGUUUCAGCAAGUUGGCCGGAGCCACAGUUGUGUAAGUUAUAAUAGAUGGGGAACUGCCCAAAGGAACCAGGUGGCCCGAAGGGCAAUGCUAGAACAGCAGAGAAGCUUCAUCCAUGGAAGGAAAAUGCAUUCACAAGGGGCAACUUCUCAAAGGAGUAAUGACUACUUUAGCCCAACUGUGUCUUCUAUAAUGAAGAAGCGAAACAACUCAGAGCAGCCAACCAGACCGAAGCAAAGCGCGGUUCACUCCUCUCCGAGAUGGAUGUUCUGAUUAGUUCUUGAUUACUUGAUACCAAAUGAGAUUGGCAACAGAAACAUGGUCUUUAUGCUAUUUCGAUUUAUGUCCAUUCCAUUUUGUAUACUGCAACUAAUUUGUUGUGACCUUGUGUAGACCAAUCAAUGGAAGAUAAAUAAGAAAAUUCGACGAAAGAACGAGGCGCAGCAAUCAUCAUUCAUCCAAAACCGUUUAACCCUCCAAAUGUAACAUUAUUCUAAGGACACCCAUGCCAGUCUCCCUGAAGUCAUCUCAGCAAGAGGUUCGGUGACUGUUGCUAUCAACAGUGACUGGCCUGCUCAAAGGAGGUUCUGCUUCAGGCCCUGAUGCAACAAGCGCUACAUUAGGUUUUUCUUUUCUUCUGGGAUCUUUUAGGUUAAGGAGACUGUCCAUAAAUCCAUAGAAAUUGUAGAACCUGAGCGAGAUUUACUAUAACUAUGUAGUAACAACGAAAUAAGAAAUAGAGGAGCAAUAAAGAUAGACAUUUUCAAGAA